CUGCAGAGCUGUUGUUUGGAAAUUCCGCGCGCGUGCGCAGUACAUAUGUCUUGCUCAAUGUUUUUGUUUUAGCUGUCUUGCUGCUGGUAAGAUAAGUGAACACAAAAUGGAAAUGACAGGGCUAGCAGUUGGUGUUAUGCUUAUUCUUUUUGCCUCAGUAACGUGCGCAGAGUCGUCGCCUAGGCAACUGAAUACGGAAAACAUCCUGAUCAACGUGACAGCAGGGACAUUGGCGGAUACACAGUUGCAGGAAUCCAAUAACUUGCAGAUAAAUUUAAACAUAUCGGUGGGCGAAGAGCAGGUGCUGGUCAAUGACAUCCCAGUGGAGCUGUCAGGGGUCACCAGGUUCAACUGUCAAGCACUUCUCUUAGACAGCAUCAAUGGAAGCAGUGACUUUGAAUCUGGGGACUUGGUGUCCACUGUCACCCGGGUGAUGGUGAGCCAGAACCGGCUGUACAGCGACUCAGAGGAGGUGGUGGCUCUGCAGGUGUUCAGUGAAGUAAUAGAGAUGGAGGGCAAAGAGGUCCAGCAGCCUGACAUGUGUGAGGUGAAAAUACUGAUGAGCCCAGAUUUCCAGAAGCUGGCUCAGUUUACCAACAUCUACCCCAUAGGACACAGCGAGAUCUUCAGGGUUCCCAGGGAGAACGAUGUGGUUGUCACAGAUCCACCGAAUCCUAGCAAAGAUGAAGAACAGCUGAUCUCCCAUACCACUAGCCAGUACCCCCUGAAGCACACAGAGACCACCCAGGAAGAGAUCGCAGCCCCGGGAAAGCUCCCAGAGACUCCCCUGCGCAUGGACCCCGACCUGCUGUAUGAUGUUAGAUACGAUGAUGAAUUUGAUGACAGAGAGCCGAGCCAGCCGGAUCAGAUUCAGAUGGAAACUCCACCCAAAGAAUUUAUAUCAUCUUACUCUGCCAUGUGUCAGUGGGUGGAGGAGGUGAGGGAGCGUCUGAGGCGCUUCAGCUCCGAGUCACUGCCUCUUUUCUUCCUGGUGAUGUGGGUGGUGGUGAUCGGCGUUGUCGGAUCGGCUGUCAUCGUCAAGAUCUUGGACAUGUUUUUCCCAACUUGUGAACACAAGCACAUUUUCCACCUAAACCCUGUCACCCUAAUGCCGGAGGAGAAGCACACUCUGCUGGAGAACGUAGAAAUAGAAGCAGAGGAAGAAGAGAAGAAGCCUUGAAUGAGAAUGACUUGGCCAGCUCCUUUAUUUUGAGUUUGUUCUUAUUUGUUCUUUAGCCUUGGUUAUUGUGUUAGGUUUUCAGCAUGGCCUGGUUUUGACGCUAGCUUAUUUCCAGAUUAGUGAACCACUAGGUUUUGCUUUCACUUGAAUUGACCCUUUAAGCACAUUAGCCAUGGAACAGGAGGUGCUCUGAAUCCAUCGAACUGACAAAACUCGCUGUCUUGGUUUAAUGCUAGUCCAUGUGAAUCCCUCAAAUUUAGUCACAUGAUCAAAAUGGAAAAGAAAGUGAGUGGUUCAUAGUGCUGAACCUCAAGUUCACAUGAUGUGAUGUCAGCUGUGAGAGCUCUUUCAGGUUGGAGUGUUGCUAAGCUAGCAGUGUGUUUACCAGCAUCUGUGCAGUCAGCUCAUCGUUUGUACAAAGUCAAACUCUUUGCUCCGGGCAGAUCGAUCACUGCACUUUGUCACUUGCCUUUUUAAAAAGCUAGCUAGGUAACAAGUUACUUUUUACUAGAAAUGAACUACAGUAGUCAAGUACUUUUGCUUUAUGCACUUCCAAAACCUGCCAUAGCAAAGGUUACAUACUCUUCCAAAUUUGUUGUCAUUGCUGUUUUUAAAUGUAAUGCUAAAAGCAAAUGUCACAUAGAUCUAUAAGAUCUAGGUAGAGGUGUUUUUUGUUUUUUUUCCGAGUUCAUUCUUGACCUUGGAAACAGCAGUUGACAAAACAGUCUCACCUCAAGGUCCAUUUAGUAGCUGUUCUUCAUGAAGAUCAUGUGAUAUGGUCGAAAGCUUUGAACUUUGAAGCUCAGCUUUUAAAAGAAUAGUUUGUCAAUUUAUGGAAAUCCGCUUAUUCACUUUCUUGCUGAGAUUAAAGAUCGAUACCACUCACGUCAGUCUCCGGCCAGCAGCCGCUGACUUAGUUUAGAACAGCUGCUAAAUGGACCUUGAGGUGCGAUUGUUUUGUCAUGUUUUUCUGUUUGUUUUCUUGUAUUAAGACCUAGCAACACAUUAGAAUAGACACAGGCUUAGGAAAGCAGCUGUAAGUACUGUAGGUUUAACAAAUGAAUAUGAACAAACUGAGCAUUUAAGGGGCUGCAUCCAAUGAUUUAGAGUCUUUAUGUUCACUGAAAAUAAUUUUUAUAUGUAGCAGUUCUGCACAGGUCACACCUUUUCCCUUACACUAAGUUUUUUCUCCAAAAUUGUACCCCACUAUUGUAAAAAAAAAAAAAAAAAAAAAAAAAUAGCUCAGAUGAAGCUAAGUAAUAUUUAAUCUAAAAAGAAAAAGAUGCAGAUCACUGUGUCUGGAAAAUGUUAUUACAAUUCUUGUGUCUGCACAUUCAGUGAAAACUGUUUUCCUCCCACAACUCUUUUAAACUCUGAAUAUCGUGAAGGAAAAAUCCCCUCUCUUCGAGGCCUGCUGCCCACUGUUGAGGCUCAUAUAUCGAUUGUCUUUCUUCACAGUGCCUCUGUGACUAUUUUUGGGACUCUAUCCAUAAAGGGGGGAUUAUAAUGAAUUUUUUUUUGGAUUGAUUUUGUGUGUGGUUUCCUGUUACAAAUAGGGGAGAAUGUAAGUGAGUUUGUUCAGAUUGUCUAUGCACUCUAAACGUAUAAGGCAAACUACUGCUAUGACUGGAUCGAUGUAAAAUACAGUGUGUGCACGAGACAUGACCGCACAUUCAAUGUGUAAAUGAUCGUUAAAGGAAAGAAUCUGCACUUAGUUUUGAAUUUUGGAGUGAAAACUGGACAUGAACCUGCAUGGAUGUUCCUAUUUUUCUCUCUUUUUGUGGUAAAUCUCAUCAUGAUUUAUAGGCAAGAAUGCCAAUGUUUCACCUGGCUGUGUGAGGGAGGUUAUUGGUCAAAAAAGUGGGUUUAAUUAAUCCAAGUGUUUCAACAUGGUUUUUGUGUUAUUUUAAAAUGUAUUUGCAAUGCUUUUUAAAAAAAAAAAAAAAAAAACACCCUUAAAACAUCAGCUUGUGUACCUCAGAGCAGCUGAGGUCGUGAUUUUGUCUCCCCAGGGUUCAGUUAAUCUGCAGAAUGCAUGAUGUACUGCGAUAGCAAAAGGUGCAUGUGUAGUCUAGCUAGUGAAUGCAGUUUGCGGUCCUAUCAGCAAAUUAUACAUUAAAGCUGGAGUGCGGAACGUUUGUCUCCCCCUUCUGGCAGUGAGAGUAAUUACACAAACACUGUUGACGCAUGCUGAUGAUGUACGCCUGCAGUGAGCUCGCCCCGGCUCGUGUUCAGAAAUAGAACAAAAAUACAGAGAAAUUUCCACAGUUCCAAGACAAUCAUCUGUUAUUUAGGCAGAGGAAAUGUAAUCACUACAUAGUCUAAUAUUUUGCCAACCUGUCCACGAGCAGUAACGUGACAUCUGUGUCUGCCCUCAGUCCCGUCUCUCAGCCUGUCCAACAAGGAAGAGCUAAAACUACAACAAUGGUUUUCCGUGUUUGUCCGCGGCGUUGAUCCUUUCUUUUUCUGAAUGCCGAGUUAAUUUUUUUUAUCUGGAGCAUCAGACACUUUUCUUGGACGCGUCUUAGGUUUUACUCCUAGUUGCUGUAGCCCACUCAGUCCUUAUGGUUGCUCCAGAGCCACGUAGAGAGAGUUGCUUCAUCUCCAUUCAAUUUCAAUUCAAGUAGCUUUAUUAGCGUGACAGCAUAUUAACACAAACUAUACAAUCAUAAUAAACAAAAUAAGCAAUAAACAAUGCUCGAUAAUAAACAUUCUCUCCAGUGGACCAAUGGCGGAUCUUCCGCUCUGGCAAACUAAAUCAAAUCCAAUCCAGUCCAAACCAGUCAUUGCUGGUUGGUGUAAAACGCAUCAUUACCGGUGCGCCAGCACGGGAAUGUCGCCACAGACACCAGAUUUAAAAACUCUGUAGGCUUAAUCAGCAUUGUGUGAACUCGUUUGGCAAAAGCUUGAAUGUAACAGACGUUUUUCAUUUAUAUGUAAAAGUCCCGCACUCUAGCUUUAAAACUAGGAAGCUGCAUGACUUUAAACAGCUCAACCUGUAUUGUGAUCAGCCUCAAAUUCCAAAUCGAUUAACUCAAUACAACAAAGUGCUGUAAAUGACACUAAAUUAGCCUGUAAGGCAAACAGUAUGUCAGGCAUGAAUUCAGAUGUGUUAUUUAAGAAUAAAACAAAAAUAGAUUUUAAAUUUGCUCUUUGUUUAAAUGGUGGUAGACCUGUGUGUUACUAUUUUGAGACAUUUGUGUGCAUACAUUGUAUGAAUUACAGCUGGACUGUGUAAUUGGGUCUAAAAUCCUGCUGAUUAAAUGCUUUCCUUAUGACCAUC